AAUAAUAAAACUUUCCUGCAGUUGUCAGGAGAACAUGGGCCAGAGAUAUAGGAAGCAAUCGAGGGCCUUUAUCGUGGAAACACAGGCUCUGGGAGCAGGAUUCCUGGCCAGCCGCGCGCCCAGCCUUGGAGCUGUCAGACGCCACAUGUCAGCAGCAGCAGCCGCCGUGCAGGGGGAGGACUGAGUGUCCCACACCAGGCAGCACAGAAGCAGAGAAACGUGCGUGCGUGUGAAGUUCAAACCAGACCCUUUCCGCUGGGUAGGAAUAAGCCCCCUGGAAGGCGAGGAUGGGAGCCGGGGGAGCCCUGCUGUGGUUACUGGGGGCUGCAUGGGCUGCGAUGGCUCCGGGACUUGGUUCCCACCUGAAAGGGAAGGACAGCCUUGACAGACCUCAGCACCAGGUGCAGCAUGGGCCCUGCAGCUACACCUUCCUGCUCCCAGAGCUUGGGGGCUGUUACCCCUCCGCUGCCGAAUACCAGGUCUCCAACUCACUGCAGAGAGAUGCUCCUUCCGCGCCUGAGCCCAAGUGGCCAGCCAAGCGGCUCCAACAACUGGAGAACAUCAUGGAAAACAACACACAGUGGCUGCAGAAGCUGGAGAGCUACAUCCAGGAGAAUGUGAAAAUGGAGCUUGCUGAGAUCCAGUUCCACACGGUGCAGAACCACACAGCUGCCAUACUGGAGAUCGGGAGCAGCCUCCUGAGCCAGACGGCUGAGCAGACCCGCAAGCUCACUGACGUGGAGACGCAGGUUCUCAAUCAGACCUCAAGGCUGGAGAUCCAGUUGCUGGAGAACUCUCUGUCCACUAACAAGCUGGAGAAACAGCUGCUGCUGCAGACCCAGGAAAUAAACAAGCUCCAGGAGAAGAACAGCUUUCUGGAGAAGAAAGUCCUGGAUGUGGAAGGCAAACACAAGGAGGAGCUGCAAGGGAUCAAAGCCGAGAAGCUGGAGAUGCAGGGCCUGCUGUCCAGGCAAACCCAGCUCAUCCAAGAACUGGAGCAGCACCUCGCCACAGCCUCAGCCAACAACACGGUGCUGCAGAGACAGCAGGCAUCUCUCAUGGACACAGUGCACCAGCUCCUGAGCCUUGUUUCUCAGUGCAACCAAAUCUCCCCGGCCCCCAAGGUGGAGCAGAAGGUGUUCCGGGACUGCGGGGCCGCGUACAAAUUGGGCCUCACUGCCAGCGGAGUCUACACACUGCACUUACCCAACUCCACAGCCACCACCAGGGCGUUCUGCGACAUGGAGACCAGCGGGGGAGGCUGGACUGUCAUCCAGCACCGGAAGGACGGCUCCAUGGACUUCCACCGCACCUGGAAGGAAUACAAACACGGCUUUGGGUCCCCAUCUGGAGAAUACUGGCUGGGAAAUGACUUCAUCCACCGGCUCACCGCUCAGGGCUCCUAUUCCCUCCGAAUCCAGCUUCGGGACUGGGACAGCAACGAGGCCUACUCCCUCUACGGGUAUUUCCACCUGGGCAGCGAGGAGCAGCUCUAUCGGCUCCACGUGCGGGACUACAGCGGGACGGCCGGCAGGACGAGCAGCCUCAGCCCCCCGGGGACGCCCUUCAGCACCAAGGAUGCCGACAACGACCGCUGCGGCUGCAAGUGCGCUCAGAUGGCGACCGGAGGCUGGUGGUUCGAUGCCUGCGGCCCCUCCAACCUGAAUGGGAUUUACUACCCCGCUAGCCCCGCGACGGUCCGCUACAACGGCAUGAAGUGGCACUACUGGAAGGGGCCCAGCCACAGGCUCAAGGCCACCACCCUGAUGAUCCGGGCUGCGGACUUCUGAGAGGCCCCAGACGGGACGGCGCCCUGGGGCUGGGGCUGGGCCGUCCCUGCAGGGGAGAUGGGCCAGGCUGCGGCUGCACCAAGGCUCUGGUGGUGCCGCGUGAACGGCCUCCCGCACGUGGGUCUGGCCCCGAAGGGCGAGCUUGCACAGCGCUGUGGACACCUGCUUAGCCCGGCCUCUGUACGGUGCCUCCUCCCCGCAGCACCAGAGCUCGCUCCCAGGCGCCAGCCAUCGAGGAUGGGCCUGAGCAGAGGUGGCCCCGUCCCGCUCGUCCAAACGCAGCCUGCGUCUAGGUCUUAAUCUCCUCCCGGUUCAGGGGCUGGCUCACAAACAUCCUGCUGUUUCCUGGGGAGCUGGGGGCUUGCGAUCCUGGUGUCAAGUUGUUCAGAUAAAGCAUCAGUGGAGAGCUCA